GAGAGCAUCUCUCUGAUUCAUCCAAAAAACAUAGAGUCGUGCCAUAUAAAGAUAGAACCUCAACUCCUAACUAUCCAAAAUGUCCAAAGCAUUCCAAGAACUGUGAACUUUACUGUGACCUAUGUGACAUUCCUGUCUGUUCUACCUGCAUUUCCUCAGGUAAUCAUAGAGGACAUCAUUUAUCAGAUGUUUUACAAAACAUUAUCUCGAAAAUAAAAGACCUAAAAAAAGAUUUAAAAGAACUUGAGUCUAGAAUUUACCCCAAAUAUGAAGAAAUUGCAUCUGGCUUGAAAACCAAAAAAGACAACUUGGAAACCCAAAACAGGAAACUGACAACAGCUGUCACAAAACAAGGAGAGGACUGGCACAGAGAAAUUAACAUCAUUGUCAACAAUCGAAAAUCUGAAAUUGAUGAGAUGAAAACUCAACACUUUGCUGUUUUAAAUAAACAGGAAAAGGAAAUCAAACACAUUACUGCAGAAGUGAAACAGUGCAUACUUGAUCUGAAGGAAAUACUGGAGUCCAAUGAAGUAUCCCUAGCCUCAGCUUACAAAUCCAGAAAUGCUGAAUUCAGAUGUUUACCUCCAGACCUCAACGUAUCAUUACCAACUUUCUCUCCUCAUCAGAUCAACACAGAACAGCUCCAACAAAUGUUUGGCUCUCUGUCAACAUUAUCGAUUACAACCGAAGAAUGCGGUUACACAAUCAAACCACUUCUUGAUGAACCGGAGCUCAUCACUAGCAUAGACACUGGGUAUGACAAACUUUACAGUGUUACCUGCCUGAAUGAUGAGGAAAUAUGGACACAUGGAAAUGACAAAAUCAUGAAACUCUACAGCCUCAAGGGUAAAUUACUGACGUCAAUCAAAACCAAGUCUAAGAUUAACCCACGUAGCAUAGCGGUGACUAGGAGCGGUGAUCUAGUUUAUACUGAUACUGAUACAAGAACUGUAAACAUAGUGAAGAAUAAACAGACACAGGAAGUGAUCAGACUACAAGGGUGGAAGCCUUUCUUUGUCUAUAUUACCUCCUCUGAUGACCUACUGGUUACCAUGAACAGUGAUGAUGACACACACACAAAAGUUGUCCGUUACUCUGGCUCAAUUGAGAAUCAAACCAUUCAGUUUGAUAGUGAAGGCGAACCUCUGUAUUUAUUUGGUACUAUUACAUAUGUCAGUGAGAACAGAAAUUUGGAUAUCUGUGUGGCCGACAAUAUGGCCAAAGCAGUAGUCGUGGUCAAUCAGGCAGGAAAAUUUCGAUUUAGAUACACUGGUCAUUCCUCUAACAAGGGAUCAUUUUAUCCACUCGGCAUCACAACAGACAGUCAGAGUCACAUCCUGACAGCAGACUAUUACAACCACUGUAUCCACAUCCUAGAUCAGGACGGACAGUUCCUCCAUUACAUUGAUAACUGUGAUCUAGACAGUCCAUGGGGUUUAUGCGUAGACAGCAGAGACAACCUAUUUGUGGCUGAGAAUACCAGUGGUAAAGUGAAGAAAAUCAAAUACAUGUAA